AUGGCACAAGCCCUGGUGAAAAUUCUGGCUUCACAAAUUACCCAUAAAGGGGGAUUGCUGUCAUAUCAGUAUGUUAGGCCUGGUGCAGCAUUAAUGCCUGGAGCUACGACUUCUGCUCCAGGAGGGCCUCCUGGUCAGAUUCGACCACUCGCUACCAUGGCUGGUCGAGGCAGAGGGGACUGGAGACCACCUGGACUAAAAGGACCUGCUGCAGGGCGUGGUACUGGAGUACCUGGCUGGGGCAGCGGUACUGCAGGGCGUGGUUUUGGUGGUGGAUUGGAAUUCACACUUCCUUCUCACAAGACUAUAUUUGAUGUUGAUAUUGAGAAUUUUGAGGAGAAACCAUGGAAAUAUCCUAAUGUUGAUACAUCAGAUUUUUUCAACUUUGGUUUGAAUGAAGAGAGCUGGAAAGAUUAUUGCAAACAGCUGGAGCAACUACGAUUGGAGUCUACAAUGCAAAGCAAGAUCCGUGUUUAUGAGAGUGGUCGAACUGAGCAGGAGUAUGAUCCCGACUUACCCCCGGAAUUAGCUGCAGCUACUGGUGUACAUGAUGUUCCUGUUGAAAAUGCAAAUUCUCUAAAAUCCAAUGUCGGACAAAGUGAUGUUAUGAAAGGUUCUGGGACUGGACGUAUUCGACCACCACUACCAACUGGUAGAGCAAUACAAGUGGAAGGUGGUUAUGGGGACCGGCUUCCUUCCAUUGAUACCCGUCCUCCCCGAAUCCGUGAUUCAGAUGCAAUCAUUGAGAUUGUUUUACAGGAUACAGAAGAUGAUCAUUCCUCUGCAGGAUUUGCUCAAGAUCCACCUGAGGGUGGGGAAGCCCAAAGAGAGGAUUUUAGAGAAGACCAUGUAACUGGAGAUGAAAUUCCACGUUUGGCACCCGAGUAUUUUGAUGGUUUUCCACAGGAUUAUAAUGGUAGAAAGAAAGAGCUUCCAGGAAGAAGAAUGCCAUUUAAACAUUCCAGUCCUGUGAACAUGGCUAAUGGGGAUGAAAAAUUGUUAUUCCCACAAGAGGAGCCAAUGGAGUACUCUGGUUCAAGGGGCCAAAAUUGUCGGUCUUAUGGUAGCAGUUUUAGCUCCUCUCAUGAUGAAAGGCAGAUGCAAAGAAGAGUGCGUGGUCAGUCUCCUCCUAUUACUCCUAUUCAAGAAUUAGAAACUGAUAAUAAAAAAGAAGGGUCAGUCGAAAGCAUGGAAGGUAGACAUAAUACACUUGUAUCAUCCCCUGUCAUUAAGGAUGUAAGGGAGUCCAGUGUAGACGACAAAGAUACUGAACAUGAGGACACUGGGACAGCUGAUGAAAGUUCCAAAUUGGAGAAGGAGGAAACAGUAGACAAAUUUGAUACAGUAGAGGAUGGGGUAGCAAAGAGACAGAAAUUAACAUCACGAGUUGAACAACCUUUGCUUGACGAAGUUGAUGAAUGGGAGGAAUCAAAAGCUGCAAAAAGUAGUGAUAACAGCAAAGCAAGAUCAGCAAGCAGCAGGGAUAACCAGAAGCGGAGGGAGGGUUUUGAGGAAGAAGUAGUUCAGGAUCCACGAUCAGCACAUCUGAGCAGCAUCAGACAGCACCCCGAUGAAAUUGAGCAUGGAUUUUAUAGAAGAGAGCAUGAUGCGAAGCAAGAACCUGAACAAAAUCGCAUGAUACUUAAAGGUAGAGAGAGACCAUACACUUACAAGGAACGGCAUUCUAGCUUAGUUCCUCCUUUGCACACAAAUACUGAUGGGUUUGAUGGACAAAAAGAAAGAGAAAGUUCUGACAUGGAUUGGGCACGGAGAGAUGAUGAUCUUUAUAGCAGAAGGGUUAGAAAUGAUGAACCUAGAAAGAGGGAUAGGGCUAAGGUUCGAGAAAAUGAGAGAAAUGAUAAAGAAGGUAGCCUUCAUUCUAGAAAACAGUUGGAUAAUGGUAGCUACAGGGUUUCAUAUGAUAAGGAUGUUGGGUCUAGAGACUCGAGACAUAGGGAAAGAGAUGAGGGCUUGAGGAUUAGGUACGAAGCAGUGGAGGAUUACCAUGGGAAGAGGAGGAAGGAUGAGGAAUAUCUUAGGAGGGAGCAUAUUGACAAAGAAGAAAUUCUGCAUGGCUACAGGGAAAAUGCUAGUCGGCGCAGGCGAGAAAGAGAUGAAGUAUUGGAUCCACGAAAGAGGGAUGACCUGCAAAGAACUAGAGAUAACCCUGAUGAGCAAUAUGCUGCUAGGCAGAAAGAUGAGGCAUGGGGACUGAGGGAUAGGGGUGAUAGGCAGAGAGAUAGGGAAGAUUGGCACCGGAUGAAGCAGUCCCAGGAAGAACUUCUACCCAAGCGUGAAAGAGAAGAAGGACGGAGUUCUGUAAGAAGUGGACGAGGAACUGAAGAAAAAGCAUGGGUUGGCCAUGUUCGGGCUAAAGAUGAACAUAAGCUUUCUGAGAAGGAAUAUCAAUCCAGAGAAGCAAUGCGGCACAAUGAUCAAUUGAAGAGAAGGGACCGAAUGCAGGAUGAAAGUCCACAUCGUAAGGGGCGUGAUGAUGCUUCUGCCCGUGGAAAUCAAUAUAUUGACGAAAGGCAACCUAGGCAGGAAAGGUCGAGUAGUCGGAGUGAUCGUGUUGCUAAUGCUCCAGAGAACCAAAAAGUUAAGCAUAGAGAAGGCUCAAGGAAAAGCAAAGAACGUGAUGUUAGUGACCUUAAUAGUUUAGGCAUGUCGAAGAGAAAUCAAGAAAAUCAAAGUGGUCCAACCAAUGAGAAGGGGUUGAAAGGAUCGGGUGAUGAAGAGCGAUCCGAGCACGAAAUUCCAGGGCAUCGCUUGUCCAGAAAACAGCGGGAAGACAUUUCCUCAGAUGAUGAACAGCUAGAUUCUCGCCGAGGUCGUUCUAAAUUAGAACGCUGGACGAGCCAUAAAGAAAGAGAUUUCAGUAUCAACAAGUCCUCUUCUUCGUUGAAGUUUAAAGACAUUGAUAAGGAUAAUACUAACGGUGGGUCUUCUGAAGCUGGGAAACCUGUGGAUGAACCUGCUAAAGCUAUUGAUGUUAAUCACCAACAUCUCUUGUCGGCUGAAGCAAGGGAUUCUGCAGAUAUGGAGAAUAAAGAUGCUGACACAAAAGAAAUGGGAGAUCGGCACCUUGAUACAGUUGAGAGGUUGAAGAAGCGUAGUGAGCGGUUCAAGCUCCCAAUGCCCAGUGAAAAAGAGGCCCUCGUCAUCAAGAAGUUAGAAAGUGAACCUCUGCCUUCGGCCAAAAGUGAAAAUCCAGUAGAUUCAGAAGUCAAACAAGAACGACCUGCCCGGAAAAGAAGAUGGAUCACUAACUGA